CUUCGCGAGAGGACGUAUCGAUAUCACGCGUUUUCCACCAACCGUUUCACCAACAAAAAGUGUUUUUAAACAGCAAAUUACAUACCAAAAUUUGUGUUAAAACCAAGAGGAGAUAGAGUAGAAGUCAAUCGUGUUCGAAUUUGCUUGCAGGGGUGAUCAGGGAGGCGGAAAACGAUCCACAAAACCUUGCUGGAUAAUCCAGGUCGAGACACGUUUGAAAUGUAAACCAUAUUCCAUAUCUGGGUACGGAAAAAAUUCAGUUGAGGAUAACAAAUGCGCUCGGUCAAGCACCAUCGUGCCUGGUGCACACUAUGACACGCUCGCUACAACAUCGCGACGUCAGAAUAUGAUAAAGCGCUGUGCAAUGGCGGUGCGGUGAUGGCAGAUGGCGCGGGCGCGGUGGCGGGCGCGGGCGAGUGCGCGGGCGAGUGCGCAGGCGAGUGCGCGGCGCGCGGCGCGGCGCUCGAGCGCGCCUACGUGCACGACGUGUACGAGCAGGCGGGCGAGGACGACGCGCCCAGCGCGCCGGCGCCGGCCGUGCGCGCAUUCCUCGCCGACCUGGAGCCGGGCAGCCUCGUGUGCGACGUCGGUUGUGGAAAUGGAAAAUACUUGAGUGUGAAUCCUUCCGUGUUCGCCGUCGGUGGUGACAGGUGCUCGAGACUUUCAGCGCAAGCCCACCAGAACAAUAAUGAGGUGGUCGUAUGCGACAACCUCAGCCUCCCGUUCCGCGACGAAUCGUUCGACGCGGUGCUCUCCAUCGCGGUGGUGCACCACUUCGCGACGGUGGAGCGCCGCGCGAUGGCACUGCGGGAGCUCGCGAGGAUCACCCGCAUUGGGGGCCGGCUGCUGCUCACCGUGUGGGCUAUGGAACACGAGGGACGGAACUUUCAUUCGCAGGACGUCCUGAUUCCAUGGCACAGACCAGUGACGCUGUGUCCGCCACCACCUGGACCACGAUUCCUGUCUGUGGAAAAUGAGCAGACAGCGGAACCAUGGAAGAGCCGAGAUGGCUCACCAGGAUCGUCGUCCUUAUCCUCACCAAAUGAAACAUGCUAUUCAUUUGUGAGACGAGCGUUACAGCGAUUAGCUGGCCGGCGAUCCUUCCUGCCAUCGUGGAACCUAGGAACUAGGGUUAACACUAGACCAUGUCCUCGCGGUCAGCCAGAACCACCAGCAGCAGAUCUUCCAAUUGAAUUACGAAGAUUAGAUGAAGUUCUACCUCCUAGAUUAAUUGCACAACCACCUGACUCAUCCACUUUAAAAUCAAGAAGUCUUACAGACAUUGCUGACAUAGAACGCCACGCAAUGGUGCGAUCCAGGUCUAGUUUGCCCAGUCUUGGUGGUGAAGAACGCGAACCACCACCCUCAGAACCUCCACCAGUUGAAACUGCGGAACGUAAGAAACCCAAAUUAGUUAAACAAAAGAAAUCUAUUAAUGAAGAUGACGCGGAAGAAGAUCUCGAUAAACCUACUGACAUGAAAAGUCUUGUCGAAGAAAUGCCCAAUUUCAAAGUUCAUACAUAUAGAAUGCAAUCAAGAAAGCCUGGUGUAUUUAAACAAACUUCAUUAAAUGAGGAGCUCAUGUCUGCAGAAAGGUUAAGAGAAAAAGAGCGCUUAAGAAAAAAUAUACAAAAACAAGCUUCACUCAAUGAAGAGUAUUUAUAUAGGAGACCAGGGACUCUCGAUUCAAUACGUGACUCGAUUUUCUCAACAUCGGCGACAACUGCUAAAAAAUUUCAAUCACUUAAAAACGGCCUCACAAACAAGUUCAAAACUUCCACAACGAAUAUAGAUAAGGUGACUGUGUUCGUACGAAUGCUGCAAGGUUGGAAAAAUCAUGGACCUGUACCGGAAGUUCCUACACCAAGUGACAAUAACACUACUAAUGAAAAAACCUGUCCUGAGCGGCGACAUUCUAGAGAAGAUGGCUCCGAUUCAUCGAAAGAUAGUAGUUUGCAAAGUGACACAAGUGUCGAUUCAGAAGACAGUUUUGCUUCAGUAAUAUAUGUGCCUAAAGCUGACGGCACUGGCGAUCCUCUAUCACCAACUCCGUUAUCACCAGGUCCUACUUCGCCACGAUUAAAAGUAUCGUCAGUACCAACCUCACCACGCAUGAAAAGUUCACCAGGCCUACCGUCUCCAAGAAUAAAACAAGCAUUUCCUUUGAUUCGACCACCGGCUUCACCAAAUGCGGUACAAGCAGCUGCCAAUUUUAACAAAAUACUCGUUGCACAAUACAGUCUUAAAAACUAUUCCACAACAAACAACGUCCCUGUUGUACCAUUAAAGCCACAAUCAAAGAGCCAACCAAAUUCUCCACCCAAACCUGAAGAACAAGAAAAGAUUAUAAUACCUCCAAUUGAAAACCUGCCUGUUAUAAAGAAAACUAAGCCAGUCUCCGUUCCUGAAAUAUUAGAAGAAAUUGACACAAUAUCACCUAUAAAAGAAGAAGAAGAAAUAUCAACCGAUGUCACAAAUGAGCUUAUUGCAGAAAUAAACAAGGACAUUGAAGAAAUACAUAAACUCACAUUAGAAACUAAUGAUUUAGAACCUCGAAUACUUCAAGACACAAAGCCGUAUCCAAAAAUAACACUACAAACCGUGGCUGAACUACCGGAAAUACCUCAAUUCAAGCCCAAAGAAAACAACAAAUCCCCUGUAUCAGACAAUUUAGAUUCUAGAUUGGCGGACAAAAGACGAAAAGAAAGAAUACGACAAAUAAAAGAAAUGUUGAAUAAAGGAAUUCCUUCAAUAAAUGCAAGUCGCAGGCCGCCGUUUCCCAUUGUUCGUACAACAGGCAAAUCUGAACCGAUUGCUAAAAGUCAUCCAAAGCUCAUGUCAUUGGAAUUAUUUAACCCAGCUAUUGACGAUAUGGAUAGUGACUCUAGUGGAGUUUCUUCACCUGAUUCAGUCGAUAGCGUGAUAAGCGUCGUACCUGAUGAAUUACGCAAGACUGCAGUUGAAAAAGAUUUGCCAGCAUCUGAGUUGCAAACCAAGAAAGAGGAAACGACUACUGAAGAAAAAACGCCACUAAUAUUAAAUACUCCUCAAAACCUCAUAGAGGCUGUUGCAGAAGUUGCACAAACACUUGAUGAAACAUGUGAAACUGUUAUACAAUCGAGUCCAAGAUCAAAAAGAAAACAUUUGGACAAAAUUGAAUGCACAGAAGCCAUGGCAAUAGUUCAAGGAGCUUCGAGUAGCAGUAGCAGCAGUAAUUGGAGCCUUAAUAAGCUUUCACCCGGUGAUUUAAGGAUAUUGGAAGAUAAAUCGAGGUCCCAAUCUCAUACGAGUUCAAGUGGAAGUUCUUCGAGCUUAGAACGUCUAUCUCCAGGACGACGAUCCAAGGACAGGUCCCCAAAACAAGGAAGUACCAGCAAUUCAACAUGGAGCUUAAAUAGGUUGUCACCAAACCGGCCAGAAGGGCGUUCAUUAGAUGAAAACUAUUCCAAAAAUCAUCGCAGCCCCACUCGUUUACCGUACGAUUCUAUCUCAAUAUCAAGUACAGACUCUGAAAAAUCAAUAUCUAAAUCAGAAAGUUUUAACAGAAUCCAAGCGAAUGAACCCUUGGUAACAUGUAAAUCAGAUAUGAUUGCAAAAGAUGAAGAAUGGGUUGACCAAAAUCGUGGUCAGCAUCUUACAGAGUUUGCUGAAAAAUUAAGUGAAAAGUUACUACAAGAAAUAGACCAAUAUUCUAAACGAAUAAAUGAAGAAGACUUUGAUCUACCAAGUAGCAGUAGUAGUGAAAAAAGUAUUUCACUGCGAUUGAAGCGAGAAGAAGAGGACAGAAACACACAAAAAAUAUUAGAUGAACUAUCUGAUAGCUUGCAACACCUCGAGGACCCAUAUUUAUGUAAAGGCGGAAAUGAUGGAAAUAAUUUAAGUAAAUUCAGCGACAAAACAAAAUACGUAACUUGCUUACAAGACUCUCAAGAAAUGGAUAUCAAUAAAUUAUUUCCCAAGUGCAGUACUAAAACAAAGACCAAGAAAAGAUCAAAAGACGUAGAUCCAAUAAUUAACAAAUACAGGGAACUCAAGAAAACUAUGAAGGUAACUAGCGAAGAAGAUAUUUUCUUAAAUAAUUGUGCCAAUAUUCAAUAUAAUGUAAAGACAAUCACGGAUGAUAAAACACCCGAAUUGACGGAUAUUAAAAACCCAGAUGAAGAUAGUGCGAUAUCAUCGAGUAACGGAAAUCCAGAAAUCACAAUUGAUUCGGGCGCAUAUGAUACAAGUCAAUCUCUUGAAACCGGAUAUUCCCUAGAGUCAGAAAUAAGUGUAGACUCGCUUUGUACUAGCACAGAUAAACGAUCAUCAUUAAAAGUAGGACAAUCCACUGACUCAAGUGAUUUGGACAAAAUGGAGAUUAGUCCGGAAUCGAUGACUUCUCGUUCCAGCACAAGCACGGCACCAUUAAAAUCAGGGUUUUCAAUAGAAUCUAGUGACACAUCAGCUGGAAGCGACUGGAGUCGCCGAGACAAAACAGGAAGUACUGCGUCUCUGGGAUGUGCGAGUUUGGCAUCGCUGCCCUCGUGCAGUGAAUGUUCGAAAGACAGAAAAUUCCUGGAAACGCGAUCUUCGUCAGAAGAUACUGCGACGAUGCCCGUCGCCCCACCCCGGUUGCCUCACGCCCCGCUGUUACCUUCGCUAAGCGAUGGGUCAGACAGCCUACCCUCUGAAGGAGGAGCAGUGACCUACCAUCGAUACUACCAUGUAUUUAAGAAGGGAGAACUGGAUCAGUUAAUCGAGAAAUAUGUGGAGAGCCUUCACGUGGUAUCGUCGUACUACGAUCAAGCGAGUUGGUGCGUCAUAGCUGAGAAAGUUCAAGUGUGGACUAUUUAAGUGUGGUGUGUCGUACAAACGUCAUUUAUUUUCGAUGGUCGAGAUUCAAAAACAACCAUUGCGAUGUUAGACACCCAAGUGAAGAAUAUAUCCAAGUGACCUUUCUUAUAAACGCUAACGAGUGAUUAAGGACCGUUCAGGAUAUUCGGAUCUAUACCGUGUGUAAAACUACGCAAAUGCCAAAGCAAAGCUUUUGUUUUUAAAAAUAUUCUAGUCACUAUACUAUAAUAAUUGUUAUCUCUAUGUAAUCGUAUUUACUUGCCCACUACGGAGGAUAACACCCCUGUUUAAAGAAGGGCCUUCGGUGUUCUAUGCGACAUAUAGAACUCGCAUAAAAUGAAAACUAAGAGCUUUAAAUAGUGAAAAAAUUAUAAAUUAAUUAUAAUAUGCUAUAUACUUCAGAGGCUCAAAUAAUAUAAGCUACUCAUAGCUUAUUUAUUGUAAUCUACCGAACAUGUAUACCUGCAGUAAUAUUUCGUAGACAUCUAAUAAUUACGUUUAUACCGUUAUUCAAGACGAAACUGUUAAGGUCCAUUCAACUGUGCUUAGGUAUUCUAUGACAAUAACACGAUUUCAUUGCUUAAAAUAUUAAAUAUUGUGUAACAUAUUAUCCGAACGAAUUACUUACGGAAUUUUAUUUUACAGUUUUGAACAAUGGUAUAAACAUUAUAAAAUUUAAUCGUAUUUUAAUAAAAUGUAAAUUAUUUUCAGUAUUAUAAUAUCAAAGAGCUGGCCUCGCUGUUGAAGUUUUGUAAAAAGUAUGUUAUCUGCGUAUCGUACUUUAUUUCGUUGGAAUAAUUAAUCUGAACAAUUUAAAUAUAAGGUUGCCUGUACAGCUGUUUGAUAAAACAUAAUGUUUUCUGCUGAUAUCUAUCUGAACUUGAUUAUAAUAAGAACAUUAUUGAAUCUUCUUUCAGAAAGUCUUAUAUCUUUACCAUAGUAUGUUAUCUAGUGAAUAUUUUAAUGUCAACCUGUAAUACUAUUAUACAAUAAGUACCUAUAAGCCACUUUUAAAGAACUUAUCAAUUUAUCUCUAAAAUAGUAGGAUCAUUUAUUAGUUUAGAUCGUUACAAUACAAACGGCAGAAUUUGAGAAAAUUUAACAUUUCUAAAGUUAAAGGAAAACUAAAAACAACAGACAAUUUCACAUGAAACGCUGAGGCCAUUCUUAUUAUAGUCAGGUUCGAAAGAGUACACAAAUCACCCUAAUUCUAAUAUUUAUCUUUACCGCAAUAUUAUUAUUUUGUAUCAGUUAUUUUCAGGUAAUCAUACUUUAUGAAUUUUAGUUUUUUUAAAUAAUACAUGUUUUAAGGCAUAAUACAAUAGUAAAUAAUACCUUUAUGAUAACUAAAUAUUUUCAUUUAAUAAUUUGUAACUGCUCCACAAAUCGUUAUGGCAGAUUACCUUUACCUUAUAUAAUACUUGAAAGUACAAAAUAAAUACUCAAUAUGUACCUACUUUUAAGUGUACUUUGCGCUGUUACAAGAAUAACAUUCGUUUUGAUAAAAAUAUUUACUUAGACAAUUUUCUUAUUUUUUCCAAAUAAUUGAAUAAGACAAAACGAAUUAUAUAUUUUAUUUUAAUUACUAAUAAUAAGAUAAGUUUAUUUAUAAUUAAUGCAUUUUAAAUACCUAAACACGUUACACAGACAUUUGAUAUAACCAAAAGAUAAAAUGGCAGUUGCUUCGCAUUAGAUUAUAUUGCCUGAGUAUUUGUUGGUAAUGUAAAUAAUUGCUAUAAGUAUAUAAAAGCUAUUAGAGUUAUUAUAUUAUCAGAAUCAGUGAGAUUAACAUAAACAUAGUAUAGAUAAAUAAUGAAGCUGUACUUUUAAUAGUUUACUAAAAUACAAAUUUAAUAAGAAUAAAAGAAAUUAAUAAAAAGCUAUUUAUAAUGGAACACUUUUCAGUUUACGCUACGGUAUGUCAAUUUAUAAAUAUCACAAAAAUCGAUAUCAUUUCAUUUGGUCAUCAGAUUUACGAACAAAUUUUGAUAAUAAUUACUUUUUGUCGAUUAUCAAUGGCAUAUCUAUUAUUUAUUU